UUUUGGUGUUUUACAGCUCAAAUGAAAGCAGCUCACUCUAGAACGAGUGUAACAUCGUAAUGCAAAGUCAUGCAUUCUAUAAGAGCAGAUAUCGCUAUAAAUAUCCCACGUGUGCUUUCUCCGUUGACGUUCUUUCAAAUCCGCUAGCCAGUUUUCGGCAAAAAAAGCGUGUUUUUAUCGUGUCUUCUUUGUUUGUGCAGAUGAAUACCUGUUCGCUGGCGCAUCCCAAUGGGCAGGAGGCCGACUCUGUCCCCGCCAAGCGGCUCUGCAAGGGGGAGUGCGUUCAGGAUGGGUCGGUCGGAGGUGGAGGGGGGAAGACAAGCAGGGCAGUGGAGGUGUCUAUAGUCAUGCCAGUGCAUAACGCCUCCUGCUGGCUGGAUGAGUGUCUGCAGGGGAUUUUGAACCAGGACUAUACUGGCUCUAUGGAACUGUCUGUCUACGAUGACGCCAGCACUGAUAGUUCCAGAGCAAUAGUGGAGGGCUGGAGGGAGAGGCUGGAAAGGAGAGGUGUUUCCAUGGUGAUCUCUGGCCAUGACUCCGCCCAACCCAGAGGAGUGGGUCAUGCCAAGAACCAGGCUGUGUCUCAGAGCUCUGGAACGUACCUCUGCUUUCAGGACGCUGAUGAUGUGAUGAUGCCUCAGCGAAUACAUCUCCAAUACGAGGCCUGCCUCUUCAACUCUACCUCUUUGAUUGGCUGUCAGGUCCGCAGGGAUCCAGAGGGAUCUACUGAGCGCUACACACGCUGGAUCAACAACAUCAGCCAGGAUCAACUCAGCACCCAGGUGUACACCUCUCACGGCCCUACGGUCGUCAUGCCAACCUGGUUCUGCUCCAGGGAUUGGUUCCAGCGGAUCGGAACCUUUGACGAGGGCGGCAAGGGAGUUCCAGAGGAUCUGUUAUGGUUCUAUCAGAGUGUUGGUCAGGGAGGAGGUGUGGUCAGAGUGGACCAGUGUUUACUAGUCUACCGCUACCAUCAACAAGCUGCUACACACUCUGUCCUGGAGGAAACCAUUUGGAACCUCCGUGUGGCCUUCCUCCAGGAGAGAGUUAUCAACCAAUGGGAAUCCUUCACCAUAUGGAAUGCUGGGAAACAGGGCCGGAAACUCUACCGCUGCCUCAGUUCCUUCAAUCAGAAGAAGGUUCUAGCGUUCUGCGACGUGGACGAAAAUAAGAUCAAGAAAGGCUUCUACACCUAUGAGGAGUCCAAGGAGAGGCCCAAGCCUCAGAUCCCUGUACUGCACUACAGAGAUGCCUCUCCACCCUACAUCAUCUGUGUCAAGCUGGACAUGACCGGAGGAGUGUUUGAGGAAAACCUGAAGUCUCUCCAUCUGGAAGAAGGAGUGGACUACUACCACUUCAACUAACACUCUGGGAUGGAGAGAUGGAGAGGAGGAGUGGACUUCUACCACUUCAAUUAACACUCUGGGAUGGAGAGAUGGAGAGGAGGAGUGGACUUCUACCACUUCAACUAACACUCUGGGAUGGAGAGAUGGAGAGGAGGAGUGGACUUCUACCACUUCAACUAACACUCUGGGAUGGAGAGAUGGAGAGGAGGAGUGGACUUCUACCACUUCAACUAACACUCUGGGAUGGAGAGACGGAUGGAGAGGGGGGGUCUGGUAGAUGGAAAUGGAGUGUUUGAGGGUUGGAUGAUGAGAAGGAUAGAUGGACCAUGACAUUCAUCUGGUGUGUGCCUGCCAGCCAGCCAGCCUGCCAGCCAGCCAGCCAUUUAGUUAGUGUAAUAUGUGUGGCAGCAUGUCCAUGUUGAUCGUGGAGAUAAAUAAAAACUUUUUCAAACAUG